AUAUCCGCCUGGGCGUGACGCUUCGUGGGGCGGGACGAGGAGAAGCCAAACGUAAAGAUACCAGGAGUUUCUCGGGCCCAGCUCUGGCUGCUGCCGGGGAGCCCCAGGUCUUGGCGGGUCCUUGCGGCGAAUAGGAGUCUGGUCAGGCGUCAGGCUAGUCCGACGAAGAGUGGGUAGGUGGAAGCCCUCCAAAGAGCGGCGGUUGUACGGGAGCCGUCUCAGUUGGCCGCGCCCCGGGCGCAUGCGCGGGGCGGGCGGUGCGCCUUGGGCAGCGUGUCCUCUGCAGCCCCGGGUGCUGAGGGCCUCCGUACGGCGCCGCGUAGGGUCUCGGCCGCAGAACGUGGCCGAGAGGCCCGGGCGAGACUUCGGGACCGUGUCCUGAGCGCGCUCCAUGCGCCCGGCGCGAGGUGUGAUCAGCACUGGAAAAGAUGCCUGCCCCUGCUGCCACAUAUGAAAGAGUAGUUUACAAAAACCCUUCCGAGUACCACUACAUGAAAGUCUGCCUGGAAUUUCAAGAUUGUGGAGUUGGACUGAAUGCUGCACAGUUAAAACAGCUGCUUAUUUCGGCCGUGAAGGACCUGUUUGGGGAGGUUGAUGCCGCUUUACCUUUGGACAUCCUAACCUAUGAAGAGAAGACCUUGUCAGCCAUCUUGAGAAUAUGUAGCAGUGGUCUUGUCAAAUUGUGGAGCUCUUUGACCCUGUUAGGAUCCUAUAAAGGCAAAAAAUGUGCUUUCCGGGUGAUUCAGGUUUCUCCAUUUCUCCUUGCAUUAUCUGGUAAUAGUAGGGAACUAGUAUUGGAUUGAAUGAAUAGUCUUCCAUUUUGGAAACGUUCGUCCACUCUCAUAUUUAUUUUUUGGUGCCUGCAUGUUUGAAGACUGAAGCAGGCUAAAAGCUCUUGAUGAAAUUUGAGGGUGCUGAAGAUGUUCCCACUAAUUUCCAGCCAUCACCUUUGGUGGGGUGGGCUUCGGAGGACAGUCUGUCUGAACCUGCCAGUGCUGACCCUGCAGCACUUUCAGCAUAUGCACAUCAAAGUUGGAGACCGCGCUGAACUUAGGAGGGCCUUCACACAGACGGAUGUGGCUACCUUCUCAGAAUUAACAGGGGAUGUCAAUCCUUUGCAUUUGAAUGAAGACUUUGCAAAACACACCAAGUUUGGAAAUACAAUUGUACAUGGAGUUUUGAUCAACGGACUUAUCUCAGCUCUCCUGGGAACUAAAAUGCCAGGGCCAGGCUGUGUAUUUCUUUCCCAGGAAAUUAGCUUUCCAGCCCCUUUAUAUAUUGGAGAAGUUGUUUUAGCUUCUGCAGAAGUGAAAAAGCUGAAGCGGUUCAUUGCUAUUAUUGCAGUGUCAUGUUCUGUAAUAGAAAGUAAAAAGACUGUUAUGGAAGGCUGGGUUAAAGUUAUGGUUCCAGAAGCUCCCAAAUCCUGAAAUACAUGUUUUAAAGAUGCAACCUCCAACACCAAUGCUGUUGUUAAAGAGCCUAUGGGGAAUUGCUGCUCUUCACCAAAGAAUGGUUGAUAGGCCCAGAAGCCCAUCUUAGUUAGGGGAAGGGAGCAGGAAGAGGGUUGUUCAAAUGCCCACUUUCCAGUUUGGCCUUAUGCUUCACACAGACUUGAGUGUAUGCAGGAUUUCAUUAUCUGCCUGGGUUUUUUGUUCGUUUGUUUUUUGUUUUUUAAUUCAAGAAGUAGGCUGGGCCCGGUGGCUCAUGCCUGUAAUCCUGGCACUUUGGGAGGCUGCGGCAGGCGGAUCACUUGAGGUCAGGAGUCCAAGACCAGCCUGGCCAACAUGGUGAAACCCCAUCUCUACCAAAAAAAAAAAAAAAAAAAAAUGCAACUAGCUGUGCUUGGUGACUUGGCCCUGUAGUCCCAGUUGCUCGGGAGGCUGAGGUGGGAGAAUUGCUUGGGCCCGAGAGCUGGAGGUUAUGGUGAGAAGCUGAGAUUGCACCACUGCACUGUAGCCUGAGUGACGGAGCGAGACCCUGUCUCAAGAAAGAAGUAUUGGGAAGGUUAUUUAAAGACUCUACUUUUAAAUCAGGCGUGGCAGCUCACGCCUGUAAUCCCAGCAUUUUGGGAGGCUGAGGCAGGCGAAUCACUUGAGGUCAGGAGUUCAAGACCAGCCUGGCCAACAUGUGAAACCCCAUCUCUACUAAAAAUACAAAAACUAACCGGGCAUGGUGGCAGGCACCUGUAAUCCCAGCUACUUGGGAGGCUGAGGCAGGAGAAUCUCUUGAACCUGGGAGGUUGCAGUGAGCCGAAAUCACACCACUGCACUUCAGCCUGGGCGACAGAGCAAAACUCCACCUCAAAAAAAAAAAGAUUCUUUUAGAAAUUCAGACCUAGAUAGAUUUGCAUUUGGAUAACAAAGCCCUACCUAUAGCCAUGUGGAAGCAGCUUGUCACUGUAUUUUAACUGUGUAACAAUUAUUGAAGGCGAAAAUAGAAGUUGGGUCAUCUUUGAACACCUACCUUUUAUCAAUGAAUAUUUUUAGACUGUUCUUCAGUAUCUGAGUCAGAGUUUAUUGUAAUUUGUUAUUUACACCAAGGUGGCAUCUUAGUCUACCUUCAGUGAGACUUGCGUUUCAGGGGAGGGGCGUAUGUGCAUCCUCGGUCUCAGUUAUGUAAACGGUCUGAUCUGUAAAAUAGUGGUAGCACAUGCCACGUGGGAUAGUUGGUGGAGAUGAUAGAUGGAGUUAAGCACAGGGCCCAGCCUGUCAGCAGUAGCUACUAUUAUUGUUGCCCAUUUCCCCUGCAACUGAGGUGAGAGGUUUUCCUGAGUUUGAAGCUGACUGGCCCACAGUUAAACGUAACAGACCAGUUUUUCAGGGUGUCAGCCAACCUCUAUUAGUGUUCUUAAGUACAGUUUCUGUUUUAAAAGUUCAGAUUAUUCCUUGAAAAUUUGCAUCUACCUCCCAUUAUAUGAGUAAUACAUGCUUAUAGUAAAAAAAAAAAAAAAACUUGUAAGAAAUAAAUAUUAAGAUUAUGGAGGCCAAAUUCUUAAGACUUUGGGGGCUGGGGUCAGGGAGGUUAUAUUGAAGGGGAGAUGUGCCUAACAUGUUAGUACUAAAUGGCCAUCCCAACACAGCCAACACUUGUUUCCCAUUUUUUUCCCCAUUUUUUAAUAAAAUUGAGAUAUAAUUCACAUACCAUAAAA